GAGCUGGGUACGCUGGGAUUUGAAUGUACCCUUGAAGAGGUUGAUCUUGAAGAUAUCACGAAGGAUCAAAUCAACACGAUAAAAGCUUGCACAUCUAAGCAUCCAGGGACUAGAAACUGUCCAGUACUGGAAAGAUCUACUUUUGAUACGACUCAAUGCCUGCAGGGCAUCUAUGAGGAUCUGAAUGCCUACAGGGCAGAGCUGAAGAAUUUCGGUGAUCAAGAGGUGCUGGCAACUAUUGAUGAAAUGAUGAAAGCGCUGAAGACCAGCAGCAGGAGCGUGCCGCAGGCGCCGGCAGGCGCGGGGCUGACCUCCUUCAAGGAGAGGAUGAGGCUCUGCAGCAUCCUUCACGCCUUCCGAAUCCGCACGGUCACCAUCAACAGGAUGAUGAACUACCUGACCUCUCCGGAGAGCUCGCUGUAA